UGUCGCAACCUACUUCGAUUGCGCAAGAGUAAAAAAUUAGAUCGCUAUGCAAAAGAAAAUAUGUUUCGCGUUAUCAUUGACCGUCUUUUGUUACUGGGCUGAGUCAUCGCCUCUCAAAAGGACGUUGGAAUUCGACAACUUAGACACAGAUAUCGCUGACUUGAAGUACGAGGUCGAAGAAGAAGACCUAGAUGAUUUCUCGAAGCUUCUAGAAGAAUCUGAUGAAAAUAGUAAGAGUGCUGCAAAUGGAAAAGCUAAAGUGAAGACUUCUGGGUUUAAAAAGAAGAAUACAGCUAACAAAGGGAUAAAAGGAAAGAAGAAUAUACAAGAUGUAAAGAAAUUUUACAAAACUGGCUCGAUAUAUGAUGAUGGUGAUUACGACGAUGAAGAAAAAUAUGGUCUUGUCGAAGGUGUAGCAGGAGAAGCUGUUGGUAUAAAAGGGAAUGAAAACAGGAAGUAUAGGAAAGGCACAAAAGUCAGUGGAUUUCAUAGAGUACAUCACAAAGAUGAAUACAAGAAAGAUAAAGAGUUUUAUGAAGACGACGAGACGAGUGGAUCCAUACAGAAAAAUGGAGUGAAGAAAUUUGGUUUCAAAGUUGGUGCCGGUACUGGUUUCCAAAAAGGCCGUUUCCAUCACGAUAGAAUGAAAGGUGUUUAUGGAAAAGAAGGAUUUGCCGAUAAAGGAUUUUUUGAUAAGCAAUUCAGUGAAUUUGCUGACUCUCAGGGAUUUGAUGGAUCUUUUAAAAAUAACAGCUGAUGAUAAUCUAGUCUUCAAUCAAUAGACAUUUUUUUGUGAAAACAGUAUAUCUAUAGAUUUUUGUAUUUUAAAUGUGUCAUGGAUUAGUUCUGCUUUGAGUUUAUGUUAGUAGUUCAUAUAUCUAGGUACAUUUGGUAGGUAUUGCGUAUUUUAUUAGACUAUUUAGCAAAAUUAGUAAAAUUAGACUGUAACAUAGGUGUUUUUUUAUUUAUAAAUGUUAGUGAACUUUCGAUUUUCUUCCUUCAUGACCCACAUUGUUGAAACAUAACUCUAACGUACACAUACUCCGAUGACAAUGCAUUAUUCUGACCCGGAUGGAUGAUGCUCUCAAGAUCAAGAAACACCUUAUCAUUAUUAUUUUUUUAAUUAUUUAGAAUGCACAUUACCAACAUCUAUAUUGUUAGCAAUUGACCGAUGUCUAUUUUUUCCCCUACGAGCUUACCCCUCUCUCUAAAAGCUUACUCUAACUUUUCAAAACUGAAAUUUUAUUUUACUUUGCCGCCCGCUUCUGCCACCUUUGGUAAGUUUUCCUUUGUAAGUUUUUAGCUGAAGAAUCCACCUGAAUAUUCAACUGAAGGCCGAACCCGAACUUCGAUCGGAGCGGACACUAAAUUUGUACUAAUAGAUGCGUAAAUCAAUCAAGUAAGUAAUUAAAUCAACAGGCAACGUGCGUAAGAAAUCCAAUUAGCUUUAGCUCCUAAUGAAAUUUCAUUUUUGAGUCCAAAGCUUUGUUAAUGAGCUGGUUUAGAACGCGAGUUAGUAAUCGUCAAUUGUGCUCUUUUAUUUGUGCUCGUA